UGGAGACCAUUUGAGCUCUACGUUGCACGCUGAACGAUCCGCGGAAGGAAAGUCACAACAGCGUUGUAUUAGGACAACCGACUUAUACAAAAGGAGCAGUUGUUGAGUUUGUGCAUGCGAACAGUAAGUACAAAUUGAAUAAUACGCUUUGAAACGGUAACCGUUUUGAUGCAAGCCGUAAAAUGAGCACGCAGGCGUCAACAUCUGGAUCUGUCAAUGAGGCGAGAGGCAGAAGAAGUGCUGAAGAUGUCGAAGACCCCAAAAAACACUUCAGAGUCUGUCGGUUUAUCAUCGAUACUGGAGUGAAGUUAGGCAUGAGAUCUGUGCCCAUGGCUACAGCAUGUGCGCUGUAUCACAGGUUCUUCCAGUCUGCCAAUUUGCAGGUCUAUGAGCCUUACCUAGUGGCCAUGUCUGCCAUCUACCUCGCAGGCAAAGUAGAAGAGCAACAUCUCAGGACAAGAGAUAUCAUCAAUGUCUGUCACAGGUAUUUUCACCCAGAGAGUGAACCACUGGAACUGGAUGGAAAGUUCUGGGAGUUGAGGGACAGUAUAGUACACUGUGAGCUGCUCAUCCUUCGACAACUUAACUUCCAAGUGUCUUUUGAGCACCCACACAAGUACCUGCUGCAAUACCUGCUCUCUGUAAGGAGUCUUUUGAAUCGCCACGCCUGGUCUCGAACCCCCAUCGCAGAGACGGCACUGGCUGUAUUAAAAGACAGUUACCAUGGCACUGUGUGUGUCCGCCAUAAGCCUCAACACCUUGCCCUCACCUCCCUCUAUCUUGCUCUCCAGACAUAUGGAGUGCAGCUCCCAAGAGGAGAACUAGCGUGGUGGCAGGUUGUCUGUGCAGACAUCACCAAGGCUCAGAUUGAAACCAUCAUGAGUGAAUUACUGCAGCUCUAUGACAUGGAGGCCAAGUGCACCUGAGAGACAAAGAAUGAAACGGGUACUAAAACACUGACAUGGAAACCCAACACCUUCGGCUGUAUAUGUUCCUCAGAGACAUUUUGUGACUGCCUGAGAUCUGUGACAAUGAUCUUAACAUGCAUUGAGCCGUCUUUCUCCUGAUGUUGUGAUUUAACCUAAUGAACUCUACUUAUUACAUCACAGAACGUGAAGGUUUCUAAAGGCUCUUCAAGAAUGAUGAGGGGAAUGUAGAGAGAUAUAUAUAUAUAUAUAUAUAUAUCUCAUUGUAAGUGGCGGUAUGAAAACCAGACUUUAGCUACACCACAUCAAUCAAUUCCCAGCCACCGACCUACUUUCUUCUCCUACCUUGUGCUAUUUUUCCUCCUAAAGAGGGGGAGAAAUUACAAAAGGAAUGUAAUAGCUGGUUGAAGGAAGAAUGAAACAAAAGAAGAGCCAUCCUGUCCCCAGAGCUAAAUUCUGAGGUAAACGGCUAGAUCGGAGCCAUUUCUUUUAUAUUUUCUAAUUUAAUUACUCUCCUCCUCUCCCUACAGAACUUGUCCCGGUAGGCUUCUUUAUGCAACUCAUUAAAGCAGUAUUACUGUAUGCUGUAAAGCAAAUCAGCACAGUUUUAGUAGACACCAGACUUCAAACUUCAAAAACACUUCACUGAUUUAAACUUUUCAUAUUCUCAGCUAAAGAUGAAAAUGAACU